GCCGCGGGCAGCGGCGCGGGCAGCGGAGAAGCCGCAGUCGCGGGGGAUGUGGCCGCAGCGGCCGCGGCGGUCAACCCGUGGGACAUCGCGCUGUGCGCCACCGGCACGGCGAUGGCCUGCGAGAACGCCUUGGUGCUUCUGGUGCUCUUCUACACGCCCAGUCUGCGCGCACCCACGUUCCUGCUCAUCGGCAGCCUGGCCCUAGCAGACCUGCUGGCCGGCCUGGGGCUCAUCGUCAACUUCAGCGUGCAGUACCUGCUGUCCUCGCCAAGCGAGACUGCCCUGCUGAGCGCCGCCGGCCUGCUGCUGGCUGCCUUCUCCGCCUCGGUGUGCAGCCUGCUAGCUAUCACAAUCGAUCGCUACCUGUCGCUCUACAACGCGCUGACUUACCACUCAGAGCGCACGCUGACCUUCACGGCAGCUAUGCUGCUGCUUGUCUGGCUGCUCUGCCUGGGCGUCGGACUCCUGCCCCUGCUAGGCUGGAACUGCCUGCGGGAGCCCGGCACCUGCAGUGUCCUCCGGCCAAUUACCAAGGAUAACGCCGCGGUGCUGGCCGUCGCUUUCCUGCUCCUCUUCGCGCUGAUGAUGCAGCUCUACCUGCAGAUCUGCAAGAUCGCCUUCCGGCACGCCCAGCAGAUUGCCGUCCAGCACCAGUUCAUCGCCACCUCUCAAGCCACCUCCACCCGCAAGGGGCUCUCCACGCUCUCGGUCAUCUUGGGCACUUUCGCCCUCUGCUGGAUCCCGUUCGCCAUCUAUUCCCUGGUGGCGGACUCCAGCUACCCGGCCGUCUACACCUAUUCUUUGGCCCUGCCGGCAGCGUGCAACUCGCUCAUCAACCCCAUCAUUUAUGCUUUCAGAAAUCCGGACAUCCAGAAAUCCCUCUGGGUAGCCUGCUGUGGGUGCAUCACCUCCGGCUUCUCCUCUCGGCCCAGGACAUCCAGCGACGGAGGGAGGCGUGGCGAAAGACUCGGACAUUUGCCAAAAUCUGUGGCCAAUGUGGAAUUCAUCCAAGGGUAAACUGCAAGAUAAUGUUUCAAAACAUAACAAAUCUUGGUCUGCUUUCUUGAUUAACUUUUUCGCCUCUAAAAUUUCUUCUCCUUUGAUUGAAAGCAGGAUUCUCAGGAAAGGCGUUUGCGGGGAGCGG